UUCCAGCCAGUAGGGGAAUGAUUUUGAAGGCUAGCUACUACCUUUGCUAUCGGGGUAUUGUUGGUAGCUUCAUUUUAUUUUCUGAUUUGGGUGUUUUGGUUUACCAAUUGAAUUGGGCUCUAUCAACUACAAGCAAAUGGACCUUGUUUUGUUCAACUCUUCUGUUAAACCAAGCAAAGUAGCCUGGAAAUUUACGGGUUUGGGAACCAGGGCUUUGAAGAGAUGGCAGCUACAAUUGCAGCAAGAUCUUCAUUUCUUCGUCCAGUCUUAAGAACAGCAACAGCAUCAAGAAUCUCAUUUUCGGUUCCCAAUUCUUCACUUCGUUCCACUUCCACUCGUCCUUCUACCCGCCUUUCUCCGUUGGUUCGACGAGAACUGAGCACUCUUCAACCGGUUCACAGUGCGGUUGCAUCGGCUUGCCUUGUUUCCAAGCUUCCCCGUGAUGCUAACAAUUGUGCUGAAGGUCUAUUUGCUAACUAUCUUAGUCCCAUCUAACAGCAAGUGCAUGUAGAAGUGGUGCUACUUACUUUGUUUUGUACAUCAGAAUUCAGCUUUUCAGGAUCAAUUGGCUUGUAAUCUGUUUAUUUAAGAUACUCUUGAGUA